CGGUGUAACAGUCACUUUAAUAACUACAUCGAAGAGCUGUACGAGGCGUGCUCAAAGUACGUCUAGUAAAUAAUAUUUUGUAAAAAAAAAAAUGAUGAUUUGAAAGUGUAAUGGUAAUAAUGCGAACGAGUUUACUGAAGAGACAACAAUUUUAGAGUAUUCCUAACUGGAAGAAGAACUGUCCCAUUUGUUUUAUAGAUAAUUCACCAUGGCUACUACUGAGAUGGAAUCAUGUUCCUCAGACAACAAAGCAGAGCACGGGACAGUUGUCCCUGAUUCAAAGUAUCCACUUAAAGUCCUUUACUGUGGAGUGUGCUCUUUGCCUACCGAGUAUUGUGAAUACAUGCCUGAACCAGCCAAAUGUAGGCAGUGGCUCGAGAAGAACUUUCCUGACAUAUUUGCCAGGAUGACUGUAGGCCUGGCAGCAAAAGCACCCAAGCAGGAACCGGGCACAGGAGAUACUGCCCCUGCAGGCGAAGAGGAGGAGAAAAAGAAACAAAAACGAGGUGGAAGAGGCCAGAUCAAACAGAAAAAGAAGACUGUGCCUCAAAAAGUUACGAUAGCAAAAAUCCCAAGAGCCAAGAAGAAAUACGUCACACGGGUGUGUGGCUUGGCAACAUUUGACAUUGAUCUUAAAGAGGCUCAGCGAUUCUUUGCCCAGAAAUUCUCUUGUGGUGCCUCUGUAACAGCAGAGGAUGAAAUAAUUAUUCAGGGAGAUUUUACAGAUGACAUAAUUGAUGUCAUUCAAGAGAAAUGGCCUGAGGUGGAUGACGACAGCAUUGAUGAUCUGGGAGAAGUCAAGAAGUGAAAAACCAAAUAUGCACUUUUACUGAAAUGGAUGUAAUUUCAAACAGUGACAACUUGGCCAAAUGUAAACAUUGAGUCAUUUUAUACCUACUUUAUUUACUGUACAUAUAAAAAGCUGCAGACAUGUCCCACCCACUUGGCAUUUUCUUUUAGUUGAUAGCUGCUGUCUCCUCUUUGCCAAAGGUGUGUUUUGAUGUGAAUUCUCCCAGAUGUUGUUCACACAAGCAAACUGUAGGUUAAUAAAUUUCAGUCUUUCGCCUGUG